AUCUCGGCGGCCCCGCGUUAAGGCGGGGGCAGGCGCAGCGCUGGGCGCAGAGCGCCCCGGUCCCCCCGCAGCGCUGCCCCCGCCGCUCGCCGAGCACAGCCGCCGGCUGGCCAUGGAGUACACACCGCCCCCCAAGCCGCAGCUCUCCUCCCGGGCCAACGCCUUCUCCAUCGCCGCCCUCAUGUCGAGCGGCAGCUCGAAGGACAAGGAGUCCCCCGAGAGCACCAUCAAGCCCCUGGAACAAUUCGUUGAGAAAUCCUCUUGCGCCCAGCCUUUGAGUGACUUAUCCAGCUUGGACCCUCACGGGGAUUUUAGCACCAGCCCUUCGUCCCUGUGCACCGAACCCCUCAUCCCCACCACCCCCAUCAUCCCCAGCGAGGAGAUGGCCAAAAUCUCCUGCAGCCUGGAGACCAAAGAGCUCUGGGACAAGUUUCACGAACUGGGUACCGAGAUGAUCAUCACCAAAUCCGGGAGGAGAAUGUUUCCUACAAUCAGGGUUUCCUUCUCAGGAGUGGACCCUGAAGCCAAGUACAUUGUGUUAAUGGAUAUAGUUCCUGUGGACAAUAAAAGAUAUAGAUAUGCCUACCACAGGUCUUCCUGGUUAGUGGCUGGGAAAGCUGACCCUCCGCUCCCUGCAAGGUUGUACGUGCACCCUGACUCGCCAUUCACUGGAGAGCAACUGCUGAAGCAGAUGGUGUCCUUUGAAAAAGUCAAACUCACCAACAAUGAGCUGGAUCAGCAUGGCCAUAUUAUUUUGAACUCCAUGCACAAGUACCAGCCAAGGGUCCACAUUAUUAAGAAGAAGGAUCACACAGCUUCUUUGCUAAAUCUGAAAUCGGAAGAGUUCAGGACAUUUAUCUUUCCAGAAACAGUUUUUACAGCUGUUACCGCCUACCAGAAUCAAUUGAUAACAAAGUUGAAAAUUGACAGCAACCCUUUUGCUAAAGGAUUCCGGGACUCUUCCAGACUCACUGAUAUCGAGAGAGAAAGUGUGGAGAGCCUUAUCCAAAAGCAUUCCUAUGCCCGAUCCCCUAUUCGAACCUAUGGAGGAGAAGAUGAUCUUGGAGAUGACAGCCAGGCAACACAAAGCAGAGGGUCAGCCUUUACAACAUCUGAUAACCUGUCCCUCAGUUCCUGGGUGUCCUCCUCAACCAGUUUCCCUGGAUUUCAGCAUCCACAGUCUUUGAGCGCCCUGGGUACCAGCACUGCAUCCAUCGCUACACCCAUUCCUCAUCCAAUCCAAGGAUCUCUGCCUCCAUACAGCCGCCUGGGAAUGCCUCUUACACCCUCUGCUAUAGCCAGCUCCAUGCAAGGUAGUGGCCCCACUUUCCCUUCGUUUCACAUGCCUAGGUACCAUCAUUAUUUUCAGCAGGGUCCUUAUGCAGCUAUCCAGGGACUGCGUCACUCCUCUGCAGUGAUGACGCCGUUUGUAUGAGUCAUGUAAGACAAGACAUACACAAGAUUUCAAAUGUGCAAGUUUGGUAUGAAAAAUACAAGGGACCUUCCUGAAAGGCCUGUGGCAGGAGCCCUGAACUCGUAAAAAAACAGCUAAGAAAAUGCAUUAUGGAUAUAGUUUCCUCCAUUGAGGCAAGAAGAGAGCAGCUUGGAGCUUGGAGCUGCUCACAGAUCUGUGUAAUGCAGCUGAAAUGGAUCCCAAAAUUCCCAGGACUUUUGGUCAUGUGCAGCUUGUUCCAAAGGUGCAUUAUACCUAGUGGAAGGAGAUUAUGUUUAUGCAGCAGUGUACAAAUUAAUUGUGUAUAGAUCUUUUUUCAUAUGCUAGAAGAAUUCUGAACAAGGCAAUACUCUUACUCAUCUUCAUCUCUUUUUGUGACUGAUGAGCAUCUAAAUAGAAAAAUGUGUUGCUAUAACUUUGAGCAUGUUUUAGGCUAUCUCAGCACACAUUUGCUGGGAACAGGACAAAGUCCACUGUCCUUUUUAAAAGACUGGCUUGUAUUCACCAAAAGCAGUAUUUCUUAGUUGCUACUAUAAUCUCAAAGAGAAUAUUAUUAACAAGUUGUUCUUUCUUUCUUUGUUUCUUUCACAAAACACUUAUUGGUUCGAAAAAAAGAACUGUGUUACAGGACUGUAACGGUAAUGGUGUAUUCUGUCCUUCAGUCUAAAAGAGAAGUUGGUCCUACAUCCUGGGAGGAGAAAUUUAACUGUAUUUAAAGUCUAAUGAAGGAAAAUGUUGAUCUGGGAAAAUCUGUUACUUAAACUUAGAAACCAAAGAUAUAAAAUCUUUGAAUCAGUGAUUGUUUAUUCCUGUGCUUGCCACCGAAGACCUGUUUCUAGCUCCAAAUGUGUACCAAGUUAACCAAAUUUCAGGCUAGAUCAGUCCAUGGACUCUCUAGAUCAAACUGUAAGCAAUGGACUGGUAUAAGAUGAGUAUCCUUCUACUUGUUGUGAUAUUCUUGCAUUUGGUCAUGGCUGUUAUACGUAGUCUUUAGCCAGGAAAAUGAGGGUUUUACUGCCUUUUUUCCAUGUCCCAGUAGAAUGGUGGAGUUUCCUUGGGAAAAUACCAGUGCAGAACUUCACAGGGUUUUUUUUUUUCUUCAUUCAUUAUCUGCCUUUUUUCACUUAGUAACUAGGGCUCUCAUUCAGAGUGCUAUCCACUUUUUCUAGUUAUGUUAAGUCUGAUGCAACAUAGGAACUGCAAAGGUAUAAGAAAAAAUGACCUCUCUGCAGAGAGCUACCAUGAAUCCUUUGCACUGCUCAAAAACUGUACCAGUGUAGUGCUGGUUUUCUGCAUGGCGGGGACUGGACUUUCACUGUCAGUAAGAAGUCAACAGAGUUUCUGUGUAGAGUUGCAUCCAAGUUAUCAUUUAUAACACAUCUACUGAUAAAAAAAGAACUAGCAAUCCAUCCUCAUCUAUUAAAGAUCUGUGUAGAGCUGGAAAGCUGGAGCACAGAAUGGACAACAGACUUUAUUGGCACUGUUCUACUGUACUUUGACCGGUGUUUUGGUAUUGUAUGGUAAGAAGCAGAGUGCAGUACACUAAGACACCUACCUGCCCAUCUCUGUGAAGUGCAAGGCAAGUCACAUGCUUUUUUUCACCCAUUGCCUUGUCUUACAUGACCCAUCACAUAGAGCAAUGACAACCUCCCAGGCUUUUCCCAGUUUCCACUGUAGGCCAGUACUUGCAUCCCACAGAUAAGGGUCACCUUUAUAUAUAAUAUCCCAAUAGCUAAAUUCAAAGUAUUGUCAAAUUAGUUAUUUCAAUCACCUCAGCUAUCUGCAGUAUCAUUCUAAUUUCCCUUUACUCAAUGUUGGACCUGCUGAUAAAAAAUUAUGGGAGACAAUUUGCAACUUCUGUGCUCUGUUUAUUGAUGAAAACAAAAUUUUAUUUACAGUUUUUGGGUUCGUAUCUACUACACUGAGUUCCAAAAACUAAUAGAAUAGGCCAAGCUCUGCAGUAUUUAAAUGGCUUAGAAUCAGACACUGAAUUUGGCCUGAUGUAUCCAAAUUCUAAGUUUUGCUCCAGGGUAUCAGAUUCACCUGAAAAGUGCUUUUUGUAAGGUUGCGUCUACUUAUGACCCAAUUUGGUAUAAACCCCCUAUUUUUCAGGAAAUGAGAUGAUACUGGUUCCACAACAAGAUAACUUAAACUACAUAUAUGAUUCCAUAGGAAUGAGAAUUUUGGGAGAGAUUUAGAGGCAGAUUUUAAUCCCUCUCCUUCAGUUGCUUUACUUCUGUUAGAGUUGUAUGAAGGCCCUAUGACAACAAGCACUAAAGCCUGUGGGGAAACUCUGUUUCUUUUAUCUGUUUUCUUCUACAGCUCCAUUAAUUUAUCUGGAGCUGCAGGGGAUAUGGUUAGGUUCAGAAUUCAAGCCAGUAACCUUAAUGCUGAUGCUUCCAUCAGGACAUGGUCAAGUAAGUAGGCAGCUUUUACACAACUUCAAAAAUUAGUUUGGAAUAGGUGGGACAAUUCAAGCACACUUCACAAGUCAUAUAAAGCCUGCGAGUACAUUGACCUGUCCUCCCUUCAUGAAGUCAAUUAAGAGAAAUAAACUCUUCAAUCUCUUCAGCCCUGUCCCAGUUCCUGUUCUGAAAACGCCAAUAUUUGGUACACAGAAAUGCCGCUGAUACUAUAGCAGAGAAAAUUCUCCAGUUUCUUCUCAGAGAAUGAAACUACAGGUUAACAACAUUAUUUACAAAAAUAUUAAAUGCAAGACAAGUGCUUUUCACUAUGAAAAAUGUGAUUUCCAUCUGACAAAAUAUGGCAUUAUACUGUCCCUAUCAAAAAACUUAAGGUCAAUUCCUCAUCCAAUUCUCUGUGAUGAGUUUCAUACUGUAAAUGAUGCAGAACUACCUGCCAAAAUCCACAGCUUGAUCUCUUCAGUCAGAUCAAGUCUCUCAGUGUGCUAAUAUAGGAGCUCUAAAGAAAAGACUAAAAUCCAACUACAACCAGCCUUAGCAUUGAUUUCACAAUUGGAAGAAAAUGAAUGUAAAUUUGUAACUGAUUGGUUAAAGAGUGAAAUUUCUUUUCCUAAAAAAAAAUAAUAAUCUGUACUACCUUGAAAAUAACUCAAUAAUUUAUUUAAGGAGUUGCUGUACUGCUGUCAAAAUUAUAUCACUUUCAGGACAGAACAUCUGUUGCUGGUAGAAGGUGUAGGAAUGCCAAAUACAAUCUAGAGUAUAUUUUCCAGUAUAAUUCACAUUUUCUGUCCCAUGAGAAGUGCUCUUCACCUUUCUGAGACCUCUUGGCUGAGCAAACUGGUGCUGGUUUAUGUUGCUGGAGUUUGUUGUAAAAAGGGUGGAGAGGAUAUGCCUGGAUAUGCUUUUCAAAGAGAAUGAUAAGACUGUCCUCCAAAGUGUUACAAGUUCUUUGGGGUGUUUUCUAGAUUACCCUUUUAUCCAUAGAUAGUCAACAGCCUCAGGUCUUUAGUCCAAAUAAAAGCAUCCUAAAGACUAACAAAGCUGACUUAGAUGCAUUUAUCCGAUUUCUUUUUUCUUCCAGUUUUGAAGCCCUGAAAGAAGUUAGAUUUAAAAAUCCCCAUUUUAAAUUUGGCUAUUUAAUUUGCAAUGUUGCUUUACAUGGCCUGAGGCAUUGUCACAGAUAAAAAUACAAUGUGUGGUACCCUUCUAGGUAUAAAUUGAAAAAAAAACCCAAACCAUAGACCAAGUGGAUGAGGUCAGAGUUUCUAAUGUAAAUCCUUCUUCAUGAGUUCAAAGACAGUAAAUUGUAUGAUAGUUAACAUAACUUGGUAGUACAAUCUACAAAAUCCAGUUGCAAAUUUUCUCCCAGGAGGCUUUAUCCAUGAAGGCCGGUACACUGCAUGAGCGUGUACUCAGAAGAAGAUGUUGCUGCUUCCAAGAUCCAGCAAACACUAAUGAGUAUUUGAAAAUGAUCCUCUUUUUGAACUGAAAACAUUUGGGCUGGCAACUUAAUUAUGCACGGCAUCUUCUUUAUGUGUGUGUAGGACAGGGAAACACAGAUAUUAAUGAAAAUUAUUGCCAAAACUUGGGGAGCUUUCCAAAACUGUAAGCUAACAUAAAUUGCGGUAAUUAACAGCGAGAUGAAGGGUAAAACAAACAGUGAAAUCAGUGUAAGACUUCGGGCUCUCUGAAGUAGUUGUGCCCACAGCGCUUAUACUCAUCAUCUGCAAAGGGAUGACAUUCACUCACUGCAAGAUUAAUUUUGGUUUCAGCGAGAUAUUAUUCUCACUGUUCUUUACAGAGCGUUUUCUGCUGCAGGAGAUGUGGUUUCUUUACUAACCACUUGCUUGCUUGCCAGAGGAUUUUAUGUAUUACUCUGUAAUAAACUGUCCUUGCAUAUAAUCUCUAGUUUAUCAAAUGACAACUUCUUUUUCUUUAUUUUAUCUUUUUAAAAGAAAACUAAGCAGUGAUUUAAGUAAACUCUGAAGUAACUUUUAAUGAUAGUUUAAGGACAAAAAAUACAGUUUGCUGUAUUUUACCUUUAGCACAUUUAAACAAUCUUUUUUUUUAUUGUACCUUCAGAAACAUGAGGAAAGAUUUGGUUUAAAAAUAAGGAAGGUAAAAAACUGGAUGUAACCUCUUUAACAGAAUGUACCACAGUUCUGCUGUUUGCUGUGUUGACUUUGUUGUUUAUAAUGCAUCGCGUGAGCACACUCACCAUGUACUGAAGUGUGUGUUUGUGUGUAUGGGGUGGGGGAAAUCUUUUUAUGGAAAAAGAAGUUAUGAACAUAAACUAUGAAGCAACAUCUAAUGAAAAGUUUCUUUUUAAGUGCAAUAUAUUUAUUUCUGCUAGAAAUAUAAUAUCAACAUUAUGUAAUAUUUGAAGCAUUAAAUGUUAUUUGUAAACAGCUUAAAAUUAUAUAUAUAUCACAAAAAAAUGUACAGAAGUGCAAAUGUGUGGAUAUUCAGUUUCUUUCAUUAAAAUAUUGGGUGUUUUGAUAUAUCAUUCUUAUUUAGCCAAAUCUUUCUGCUUCUGUUGUUUUUCCUCCAACCAAGUUGCUGAGUGCAGCAGAACCAGGGAUAAAUUUUUCUGAGACCAUACAAGGUGUUGGUAGGGCUGCUUGUCUGCAAAAGGUGAUCUAAAUCUUGGAUCCAUACAGAGUGAUAAGUUUGUAUAUAGAUACAUAAUUUUUUUUUAAAGUACUUUGAAUCAUAUUCCAAAAAACUGCUGGCUUUGCCUCUAGAGCCCAAAGAAGUGGCUGAAAUAUGGGGAUCCUAAGGAUCUCCAAGAUAACAGAGAUCUCGGCAACAUAGUCUAAGAACAAAGUGAAAAGGAAUUAAGUCUGUUUAGUCCGUAGAAGUGAAAACUGUGGAAAGGUAAAACUUUAAAAUACAUGAAGAAUAUAAAGAAGGAAGGAAUAAAUUCCCCUCCCUAUCUGCUGCAGGCUUUUAUUCAAUAGGAAUUUAUUUUAAUUUUAAUAGCAUAUAUUAAAUCAAGGAAGAGUUACCUGAGACAUCUAAGAUAUUCAAAGAGGGACAGUGAAGCACAGCACUAGAUUGCCUGAAGAGGAUAAGGAGCAAUGUCUGUCACUAGAAAUCUUUGAGAACAGGUUGAACGUGCAUCAGUCAAGAAUUAUAUGAUCAGAGGUAAUCUUGCCUUGGGACAAACAAAUGACGUCUUGAGGUGCUUCCAAGCUUUCUAUAUGAGAACCAUCCCUUGAAGUAACUUCUGUUGCUCCAAAAGUUUUUUUUUUUAGACACCUGUAGUUUAUCUUGUCCUCAAAUUGAGUUCAGCUGCUGGGUCGUUUGCAGCUAGUUCACAAGAGUUGCUGGCUUACAAAGAAGCUCCACGGGACAGAGAGCUGCAAGGUUCUAAGGAGCAGCAGUAGCAUCAGAAGUAGUAAUGCCGUAAUUUGGUUUUGUCUGUGAAUGUAAGUAGGGAGGGAACAGCCUAAGGUAAUUCAAAUCUACUUUUAACUAUGUUGAGUCGUACCAUGAAUUAAUGUAUCUCUUUUACAUUUGGAAUAUAUGAAGAUGAGGACAGCUUGCAGAGUUGGUAACCGUCUAUGCCUUUUGUCUCUGUAUUAUAUUCUUAUGUCAGCUUGGUAGCAAAACCUAUGUACUCUCUCAUAGAUAUUCAAUGCUGUGAAAGUCAUUUGCUUAACCUCAGGCCAGGGGGCUUUCUUGAUUGCAUGUAAAACUACGUGUGUGCAUUGCCACUUUCCUGAAUCAGAAAUACUGCUUGUGUGCUGGUUUAAGAUACAGUUAUGCCAAUGUUCACACUCAAAUCAGCAGGCUUGCUUGCUUAAAGUUAAAUCAGUGCUUAUAUAUUUCAGUGGCUUUGCAACUGUAAAACUCCUUGUGCGUUGUAAAUCAAGACCUUUGGGAAAAAAAGUCCAUGCAACAAACACCUGCAUAAUUGGAGCCUUUAUUUGCUAUUGUCUAAAGAGAAACUAGGGGAUUAAAUAAAGUGAUGUUUAUGAACCGCCUCCCAGGAGGGUUGGUCUGAAGAGGCUGAUGAGUAGUUAUGAUGACUGUAGGCUGCCUUGCUUUCACAUUUAAAAAACAUCUAGAUUAGUACUUAAGUUACCCAUCUUGGAGAUAAGCAGUGCAGAAAACAAAUGAUUUGAAGACUGAUGUUUUCUGAACUUCCUUUGCAGAAGCUUGAUGAAUGCACUGAUUUAACGGUAUGCUAGAGAUAUGGAGCAAGGAAUGAUAUUUUGAAUCACAAGUAAAAAGACCAUUUCAAAUACACAUAAAUUUUUAGAUUAUACGCUAUCUCUUCAAUAUUAAAAAACUAACAGUAAUUAACAAUGAUAAUUCUAAGAAAAAAGACUUAAACUGUCAGUGAUCUAAUGCCCAAGAUUUUUAUUAAAGUUAGUAAUUGAUAUCAGGGUUGGUUAGUGAGACUCUAGGGACCCUUGUGGGAACAACAGAAGCUGAUUCUCCAUAGUAGUAACUAGAGGGACUAAGAAAAACCUAUGGGGAUGCCUACCAGACAAGUUUGUCUUCUUUUUCUAAAGAGCAGAAUGAGAACUUCUCUUAAUGCUGAGAGC